UGUGGCACCGGGCGGCGAAGAAGGAGCGGACGUGGCAAUGGCUGAUGACAACGAGAUGGAGAUGGAAGUUGUUGAAGUCCAAAUGGACGACGACAAUGUUGAAGUCGUUGAAGUCCAGAUGGAUGAGGUUAUGAUGGACAUAGAUGAAGAACCAUUGCUACAGGAGGAAGUGGUACAAGGUGACAUUGAGUUUGUCGAUGUACUGCCUGCUGACGCAGAGGCAGUAUUUGAAUUCAGGGAUAUAUUCGACGUUUUACUACCAGACAUCGAUGAGGAGUUCAUGCCGAUUCCCCCGAGAAUGCCCAUGAGAGACCGUCCGGCUGGCAUUCAUCACGAACUUCCAGAGCGUCAUAACAUAGGGCAAUUGGAUGCAAUCUGCACGCAUUGUGGUGCACGUCACUUCUCAUGCGAGCGUACACUCACGAAUCAUCAUUUUACAACAUGUUGUAAUAAUGGUCAAAUGGCCGUUACAGGAGAACGUGUGCUGGGUCAACCACCUGAGUUAUUAAUUCGUUUGUUAGUUGAUGAUUCGCAGGUAGCUAAACAUUUUAGGAAAGAAAUCCGCCGGUACAACAACACUCUGGCAUUUGCUGCGUUCUCCGCUGACCUUAACCCAGGUCGUGGACCGAGAGUGUUCACCGUUCACGGGCAGGUGUACCGCAGGAUUAGCAAUGACGUUGUCAGAAAUGAGCUGAUGCAACCGAGAUACUGUGAGUUGUAUUUCAUUGAAUCCGGGGCAGCCAACCAGAUCCGCAUGGCACAACAGCCACGCCAACGACCACUAAUGGAAGACUUGCUUGCAGACUUAGAUAAUCUGUUACGGCAAAACAAUCCAUUCGCAGUGGCUUUCGAAAACAUGCGACAAGUAUGGCAGAGGGAACAAGAUGCUGCUGCUGCCAAUCCCAUGUUGCAACCGAGGAGGUUGUCCCUGUCCGUCCCGGGCGGUCUAGAGACCGUUUGA